UAUAUAUAUAUAUAGAGACACACACAACAUCAAGUUUUAUAUUUGAAACAAAAAUUACAAUCCUUGUUUUCAAUAGAUAAUGUACGGAGGACGAGAGGCUCAAAAUACUUGCUGUCCACACAAUUAAAUAAAUCCCUGCUACACCCCCUUUCUGCCCCAAUUCCCUUUACCUUUUUCUUUCACCCUUGCAAAUACAUAGUUCCCACUGUUAUGCAAAAGAUGAUUGCCCUCAAAUCCAUUCAUCCUUCCUUCAGUACUACCUACAUCAAGUAUAAUAUCCACUGCAGAAGACUAUUCAGCACAAGAAGUUCAAUUUUGUGCCUCUGCAAGUCCAAUGAGUCAGAUUCCCAAGCUCCCCAACCUGGAGAUACUCGUAAACAAGAGCUGCUAGCCCAAAUUGCCAUGCUUCAAGCUCAGAAAGUCCGUGUUACAGAUUAUCUAGAUGAGAGAUCUGCAUAUUUAGCCCAAUUUGGUGAAGAAGCCAACGCUGAGUUUGAAAAGAUUGCAGAAGAUGCCCUCAAAGGAUUAGACGAAGCUGGUGCCAGAAUAACAGCAAACAUAGAGAGUCAGAUGCUAGAAUUCGAGGAAUUAGCAGAACUUAACAGACAAGAGAUUCAGAAGCGUGAAAACAAACUAGAGAAGUUUGAAGUUCAAAUGGAGGAUGACAGAAACGAAGGUCUAUUCUUUAAGAACCUCAGAAAGAAGACACCUGUUGAUAAAGCAAAAGCCAAGGAGGAGGCAGAAAGAAUCAAAGAUGUAACAAGAGAAAAAGCUGGUAGCAAAACCAGGAAAAACAUUUACCUCUUCUUCAUUGGCCUGCUGACCUUUAUAAUAAUUGAUUCUAUUGCCUCGUCAUCAACUGAUUGGAGAAAAAUAGCAGUUUUUGGAGCUAUUCUUGUAGGUUUAAUUUCUCAGUUCAUCUAUGAACAAAAUAUGUCAUCAGAAACUGUAACAAGAAAGACCAAGAAUGAAGAGAAAAAUAACUGAAGUUCAAUUUUUAAUGUUAUUCACUGCACGUUUCUGGAAAAGACAGUAUUAUCAAUGGAUAUGGCGUGAUGUAAUAACCCCAAGUAAAGGCUUAAAACUUGGGCCUGAUAACAUCACGCAGCUUUGCUUUGGCAUCAACAACAGCAGUUGUCGGUGAUAUCACUACAAUCACCACAAUCUGAGUAACUGGAUUACCAUGUGAUGCUGAUGAAAUUGUUUACAUCCUAUGUUAACACAGAAAAACAUGCUUUUCUUAACAUCAUAGCUUUUAGAAAUG